AUGGCUUCUUCGCCAAAUGACAUCCACCAGCCUCUGCUACAAUCCUAUCCACCACCUCCCACCCUAACCACAAAACAUGAUGAUCUUCCUGAUCUUCAUCUUCAUCAUGAUCUCCACUCAAGCAACGAGCUUGAAAGAGUGCUUUCUGACACAAACAGGCCAUUUUUGGAGCGUCUCAAACCGGCUCUAUGGAUUGAGUCCAAGCUCCUUUUCUACCUCGCCGCGCCGGCCGUCAUCGUUUACAUGAUCAACUAUGUCAUGAGCAUGUCCACCCAAAUUUUCGCAGGCCACCUUGGUAAUCUUGAGCUGGCCGCUGCCUCCCUCGGCAACAAUGGCAUCCUAAUUUUCUCCUAUGGACUCUUAUUAGGCAUGGGGAGCGCGGUGGAGACACUUUGUGGGCAAGCCUAUGGUGCCCACAAGUAUGAAAUGCUAGGGAUAUAUCUACAAAGGUCAACCAUACUCUUAACUUUGGGUGGUGUGCUCCUCACCAUCGUCUACAUCUACUACAGACCAAUCUUGAUCCUUCUAGGCCAAUCUCCAAGCAUUGCAUCUGCAGCUGCAAUCUACGUCUAUGGCCUGAUCCCUCAAAUCUUUUCCUUUGCUGUCAACUUCCCGAUCCAAAAGUUUCUGCAAGCUCAAAGCAUAGUGGCCCCAAGCGCCUAUAUCUCUGCAUCAACCCUAGUUUUGCACCUUGUGCUCAGCUGGGUUGUGGUGUACAAGAUGGGGCUUGGGUUGCUGGGUGCUGCAUUGGUGCUCAGCCUUUCAUGGUGGAUCACUGUGUUGGCGCAGUUUUUGUACAUUGUCAAGAGUGAGAGGUGCAAGAACACAUGGAGUGGGUUUAGUUGGCAGGCCUUUAGUGGGUUGCUAGGGUUUUUCAAAUUAUCUGUGGCUUCUGCUGUGAUGCUUUGCCUUGAGACUUGGUACUUUCAGAUCCCUGUUUUGCUUGCUGGGUUGCUGCCAAACCCUGAGUUGGCUUUGGACUCUCUCUCAAUCUGCACAACAAUAUCUGGGUGGGUCUUCAUGAUCUCAGUUGGGUUAAAUGCAGCUGCAAGUGUGAGAGUGAGCAAUGAGCUUGGAGCUGGAAAUCCAAAGUCUACAGCAUUUUCUGUGGUGGUGGUGACCACAGUCUCUUUCCUCAUCUCAAUUGUGGCAGCAAUAAUUGUUCUAAUAUGGCGAGAUAUUAUAAGCUAUGCCUUCACAGAGGGUGAAGCUGUGGCUGCUGCUGUAUCUGAUCUCUGCCCAUUUCUUGCCCUCACCCUCCUCCUUAAUGGCAUCCAGCCAGUCUUGUCAGGUGUUGCUGUUGGGUGUGGAUGGCAAGCCUUUGUUGCGUAUGUGAAUGUGGGGUGCUAUUACUUGGUUGGGGUACCAUUUGGUGUGCUUCUAGGAUUUUACUUCAAAUAUGGUGCUAAGGGAAUAUGGUUGGGGAUGAUGGCUGGCACCUUGAUGCAAACAGUCAUUCUAAUAUGGGUGACCUAUAGGACCGAUUGGAAGAAAGAGGUGGAAGAAGCAGCUAAAAGGUUGAAUAAGUGGGAGGAGGUGAAGGAGCCACUGAAAUAA